GCUGCGGGCGGUCGAGUCGCGACAUCGAGUGAGGAUGCUCCUCUUCCGCCUCGUGCAAGACCUCUGCUACGACUUCUGCGACGUCCUCACCGAGGCUCAGGUGCUCCAACUCCUCAACCUGCUGGGCUCAGCACAGAGCAACGCGAUGGGGCUGUCGGGGGAGGGGAGGGAGAGGAUGGGAGCGAGUCAGUUCCUCCAGUGGAUCUACGCGGAGUCAGCGGAGGCGUCGAGGAGCGAGCUGCAGUUCAUGAUCGGCGCCUACCAGACCGCCAAGGGGGACUCGCGGUACCUCGAGACCCGCCUGCUGGAGCGCCUGCUGGAGGUGCUGAGGGAGUACUCGGGCCUGACUUCGCAGGACCAGAGGGGGAAGUGGGAAGAGGAAGAGGCGGCGGGAGUGACCCAGGGGAGCAGGAAGGAAGCGGAGGAGGUGGAGGCUGCGCCCUACCGAGAGCAGAUCCGAUGGAUCCUCGCGCCGACGGUGAUUGUGAUCCUGCAAGGACUGGCAGCACUCGACCAGCAGCGGUUCGAGCGGCUGCUUCCCCACAUCUACCCUCUGCUGUGCGCGCUGGUGGAGGGCAACGACGGGAGAGUUCGAUCGCUUCUCUCCAACCUCUUCCUCCUGCGAGUGGGUCCAGCCCUGAGGAUCAUGAACUGACCUCCUCCUCUUCGACUUGUAAUCUACAGUUCUCAUGUGCGUCAGGACAAGCUCACGGUCUCCUCUCGGUGUCGAAAACUUGCUGUUUCGCUUCGAUAAAGUUCACAUCAUCCGCCA